AGAGAGCACAACGUCAGCAAUACAGAGAGGAGCAGGCAGAGAGACAGCCAGAAUCAGACAGAGUGGCAAGGUGUGAUGAGAGAGGGCAGGAGAGAAAUACAGUGGGUUUGAAGAGUUUGAAUUUCAGAGGGGAACACAAGAUAGGCAAGUGAGAGACCGAGAGAGAGAGAGGAAGAGAGAGACACACACACACUGAGGGGUGUGUCAUAGCAAUUUAGUUCCUCAAGGAAGUACAACUCAACAUUAUCUUAAGACAGGGUGGCAGCUCUGACAGAAGCGCUGCAGGAGGGCUAUUCUUUCAGGUUUUUUUGGUUCUGCUCGUGGUGAAGAUGAAGGGAUCUCAUUAAAUCAACCGGCCUGCGCUGUCAACCUGAGACACAGAGCAGAGGGAGAUAUCUGACACAGACCAGGAGGGAGGGGGACUCAGCACACACACCACACAGGCAACCAUGGACACCUUCAGCUCCAAGGACAUGGCCUUGAGGGCGCAGAAGAAGAUCCUCAGCACCAUGGCCACCAAAAGCUCCGUCCAAAUGUUCAUUGACGACACCAGCAGCGAGAUCUUGGACGAACUGUACCGUGUCUCCAAAGAGUACUCAGGUAAUAAAUCGGAGGCCCAGAAGGUGAUCAAAGACCUGGUCAAGAUAGCCGUGAAGAUCGGCGUGCUGUUCAAGAACAACCGUUUCAGCACAGAGGAGCUGGGGGUGGCCACAGAUUUUAAGAAGAAGCUGCACCAGGGCGCCAUGACCGCUAUCAGCUUCUAUGAGGUGGACUUUACCUUUGAUAAAGCAGUGAUGGCGGAGCUUCUGACCAUCUGCAGGGAUCUGAUGCUGAAACUGGUCAAAACCCACCUCACCGCUAAAUCCCACGGUCGCAUCAACCACGUCUUCAACCAUUACUCUGAUCCAGAGCUCCUGACCAAACUGUUCGAGCCCAGCGGCCCCUUCCGACCCCACCUCACCAAGAUCUGCAAAGGACUCGACAAACUUAUGGAGGACGGGACUAUAUGACGUAGAAACAGUAAAAUGUCACACAGACACUGGGAGAUCAAUAGGCAGACUCACCUAAGACUCACUGUUGGACAAAAUUGUUCUUAUUGCUGCUGAGGACCGGCAACGCAAGACAAGUGAUUUGAGAACAAAACUGCUGACCCAUCUUUCUCAAAGAACAUGUGGGAUAGAAAUAAAGUUGGUUGAGUCAUUCCUCACGUUUUUAAUGUCUAGAGGUGAUAUAGACUGUACAAUUGUGAUAUAUUCUUGUUUAUUCAGACAAAGUUCACAGAAACCAAACUUGAAUAUAAACUGGUUUAUACUAUAUCAGCUGUUUUAUUAGAUUGUGAACAUCCGACGUUAAAUAUUUGAGACCUUGAAAUGUUUCAUUCAGAACUACUGAUGUCAUGUAUUCUGGAGAGGAGGAGUUAAAACAGCUGGAAAUAUUGCAUAAAGAGGACAGACAGGGAACAAAGCCACUGUAAUACAGCACUGCCCUCUGGUGGUCAGGACCAUAUAUUCAGCAACUCAAUGUACUGUAUUUACUGAAGCGUCCAGAAGACAAUGCAGCCAAUAACAAAGCAAACAGCCCCACAGUAGACAAUUACUUACACCAACACUUUGCAGUCUCCACUUCAAAACAUGUUUAGAACAAAAAGACUGCCUCUUAAAUAGUGUUGACUGCUUGACUGUUAAUCCUAUAAUUCAUGUUUUUCUGAAUAUUGGAUCACAGACAAGUCUUAUUAUUUGGUUUUACAUUACAAAAAGACAUUGAAAAUCAAUACAAACAAGGGGAAAAUAAAUCCCUGUGCUGGACACUCCACCUUAUAGAAUAGUCAAAUACUGUCAUUUAGCGUUUAACUGCUAUAAUAUUUCUUCUUUGUGUGAGCAACAAUGUGGAGAAAAGUCAGUUGAAGUUUCAGAAAGCUGUUUUUAAAGAUCAAGUGCUUAUGAGAGUCAACGGUUUCUGGAGUAAGUACGGACAUAUAUAGACUCUGAAUCUAGACAUGGGAUCAACAUUUUUUUUUUAUUCUAAAAUGAACUAUACAAAACUUAAUGAAAUUAAAAAAAAAAUAUGCACAUAAAUAAUAAAAAGAUUGCUGUCAAAGAA